GGAAGCUCGCCACCGCCUAGAUGCACAGAAUCACAAGCAGUCAGUCUCAAGUCCCCCUUCCCCAUUCAAAAUGUCACCAAUCUACUCACCGUUCGGAAUAGCCCAUCAUCGAAUAGAGUGGCGAGUUACCCAAUGGUAGUAGAGUGGCAAAUGAUACAGUUGCGUGAAAAGGAGGGGAGUGAGGGUACCAACCAUGGUAACGGUGCAAGCAAGGAGCAUCAAGGGCGAGAGAAUGUCGUUAAGGACGUAGGCGAUAUCUCGAGAGAACGAGAUAAAGACAUCGGUGGGCUCUGGGGUUGGAAGGAGAUGGGCGACUGUGUUCUUUUGCAAGUACAUUUGGACACCAGUGGCGACGUAGAGGAGGAACGCCACGAAAAAGAUUUGAGAAGAGUGGAUUCUCGUGAUGGGGCUACUGUGGGUGUGUAUGUUAGAUGGGGUACACGGGAGAGGAGCGUUGGGACGUACGAGGUGGCACUCCUGGAUUCCAAGCGCGACUCGGUCGCUACUCACGAGAUGGAUGGGGUUAAGAGAGAGAGACGAGUCGUAAAAGGAGAAAUAAUAGCCACGCGCCCAUUCAGCCAGUGGUUGCAGCCGGGCGUGCAUAAUGGGAAGGUCGACCCGAAGCCUGUGGUGCCGGACACAAUGGUGGCAGGUGGCCAAUUGUCCUCCCCAUCGGGUCCUAUUCACUCCUCGCGCCCAAAACGGCAAUUUCGACUCGACCAUUCACGGCCAUCAAUAAGCCAAGCUACACCUCAGCCAGGUGAGAUCAGCCAAGAUGGAGUGUCGUGUGUGCGGCUAAAAGGUUUGGAGCUUGCCUACGAGACCGUCUAUGUUGCCUAUUCCGACAUCGCGCCCCUCUGGGAAAAGUUGGGGUUGUCCCCAGUCGAUAAUGGCCCCAACCAGCCCACUUCCACUCUCCCUGUCAUCUCUGUGGCCUCUGAAAAUGGUGGUCCUCCUUCUGUCGUCGCCGACUCGUUCAAUAUCGCGCUGUUCUUGGACCACGAAUUCCCAGAUACACCUCGAGUGAUCCCGGACAAUACAGCUGCUCUUCAGGCAUCGUUUGCGCGCACGACCUUGCGCGAUUUGCUAGUGUUCCCUCUGGCGCCACUGGUGAUGCUCACCACCCACCAGAGACUCGAUGACAGAUGUGCACGUUAUUUCCGCGAGACGCGCGAGAAGUCAUUCGGUGUCAAAUUGGAAGAGCUGUCGCCACCAGGAGAGAAGCGGGAAGCCCGCCUCAAAGCCGCACAAAAAGCCCUCACCACCUUGUCCGAAAUCAUCAACACGAACGGAUCGAGGAGAGACACUUGGUUUAUGGGAGAUGUAGGUCCGACGUUUGCCGAUUUUGCGAUGGGAGGUACGUUACAUUGGAUUAGGGAGAUGGGAGAUGAAGAGCUGUGGA